GAUCGGGACGACACCGCCACUAGAACGCACUUAGAUGGCAGAUCCAUCCGGGGAGGCAACUCCGAAGCCAGCAGACACCCCCGCGCCCUAGCUACUGCGGUUUAAGAAAUGCUGGUCAAAGACACCAAGGCCACUGGGCUUCGCUUACCCGCCGACUUCUGGGGACCCCUGCCCCUCGACCUUCGCUGCCGUGGAAGUUAAGUCGCGGGAGUUUGCAAAGAAGAUGCGCCACGCCCCCUCCCCAACCUGAGCCGGGGUGGAAGCCCAGCUCGCGCACCCUCUUGCAGAGCACAGGCGACUCUGCGCCCCGACACCCAUAGUCAGCGCUAAGGAGAACUCCAGGGCGGGAGGGGGCGAUUGGUGGUGGCGGCGGCGAAAAGCGGAUACGAAACCCGGAGUCUAGGCGGACGUGGGGAUCUCUGGUGCGAGAGGGACAGAGGCGGCCGCGCAGGGAUCCUCGCGGCCUGGGGCAGCGUGCGGUGGUCAUGGACGAGCCCGCCGCGGGGUGUCUGGGGGCUGGCUGAGCGCCCUUCCCCGGGCGUGGGCGCGAGUCCACCGUGGUCCCGAGGGGACCUGGCCCCAGGGCCAGACCAUGGCCGGCCGGGGUUGCAGCUGCACUCCGGGCCACCUGAACGAGGACAACGCGCGCUUCCUGCUGCUCGCUGCGCUCAUCCUGCUCUACCUCCUGGGCGGCGCCGCGGUUUUCUCGGCGCUGGAGCUGGCGCACGAGCGCCAGGCCAAACAGCGCUGGGAGGAGCGCCUGGCCAACUUUAGCCGCAGCCACAACCUGAGCCGCGAAGAGCUGCGCGGCUUCCUCCGCCACUAUGAGGAAGCCAACAGGGCGGGCAUCCGCAUGGACAACGUCCGCCCACGCUGGGACUUCACCGGCGCCUUCUACUUCGUGGGCACUGUCGUGUCCACCAUAGGGUUUGGGAUGACAACUCCAGCAACAGUCGGAGGAAAACUCUUCCUGAUCUUCUACGGCCUAGUUGGGUGUGCAAGUACCAUCUUGUUCUUUAACCUCUUCCUGGAGCGCCUGAUCACUGUCAUUGCUUAUAUCAUGAGAUCGUGCCACCAGCGUCAGCUGCAGAGACGUGGGGCGCUGGCCCAGGACAGCCUGAAGGCCCCAGGGAAGAGGGAGUCAGACAGCUUGGCCGGCUGGAAGCCCUCGGUGUACUAUGUCAUGCUGAUCCUCUGCUCGGCCUCGGUGCUCAUCUCCUGUGGGGCGUCAGCCCUGUAUGCCCCCAUGGAGGGCUGGAGCUACUUCGAUUCUCUCUACUUCUGCUUUGUGGCUUUCAGCACCAUCGGCUUUGGGGACCUUGUCAGCAGCCAGAAUGCCCAGUAUGACAGCCAGGGUCUCUACCGCUUUGCCAACUUCAUCUUCAUCCUCAUGGGCGUCUGCUGCCUGUACUCCUUGUUCAAUGUCAUCUCCAUCCUGAUCAAACAGUCAGUGAACUGGAUCCUGAGGAAGGUGGAUGGUGGGUGCUUCCAUCAAUGCCAAAGAAGACUCUUGCAGUCCCGGAGGAAUGCGGUGAUGCCGGGCAGUGUCCGGAACCGGUGUAACAUCUCCAUAGAAACAGACGGGGUGAUGGAGAGUGACACAGAGGGGCGCCGUCUCUCAGGGGAGAUGAUCUCCAUGAAGGACUCCAACAAAGUGGCAUUGGCCAUCCUCCAGAAGCAGCUGUCCGAGAUGGCCAACGGCGGCCCCCACCAGACCAGCUCAAUGUCCCAAGAUGACGAAUUCUCAGGGGGGGUCGGGGCCUUUGCAAUAAUGAACAACAGAUUGGCUGAGACCAGUGGGGACAGGUAGAAGUGAGCAGUGGCUGCUGGGCACAGAGGCCUAGGGAUGAGUGGGGAUGCGGGACUGUCAUUCACAAGAAACCCUCAGCCCUGAGCUCGCUGGCCUCAUCCAGGGAGUUGAUCCCUUUAGCUCCUCAUGCUCAACUUUCAAACUCUGGGCCUCAACCAGUGGCCGCUUUCCAGGGCUGGGGAAGUGGAAAGCCUCCCUACCCAUCUCCUUAGCAUAUUCCUUAAGUCUCAAUCGAAUCUUUGGCUCACAAACACAGCGUAAGACACUGCCUUAUUGCUUUACUCAUAUUCUUCCAAAGCUUUACAGGAGAUGAACUUGACUGAAGCCUUGACUUCCCCCUGGUAUACUCUUCAUUUGUGGUCGAAAACCCAAAUUCUUCCUGAAUGGUUGAAUUCACGUCCUCACCCAGCUGCUUCAAGAAAAGGAAAGAAAAUUCCAGAAUGUGUCUGGGUCUUCUCAUGGCUGGGCUUCGUUCUGAGCAGAUUCAUUGAUGUUUCCAUGGAUAGGGAAAAUAUUCUGAGCUUAAUACACAUUUCUCAGAUUUUUGUUCUGCUUUUCUGUUAAUUUUGAAGACUAGAAGGUUCAGCUAAGGUAUCCUGGGACUGCAGUGUGGUAAGAAAACUGAAUUCAGCUUCAGGCCUUUGAACUGCAAGAAGAGGGUGGUAGGGCUGGGAAGGAGAAGAGACUCACAUUUGUAACUAAAGAACAUAGUUUAACAUUUUCUCCUUAAAUGGUCACAUAGACCAUCUCAUUUUUACCAGG